AUGACAGAAAGUUUAAUCGUGCAUCUCCUCAUCCUGGCUUUGUUAGCGGAGUCUCGUGAUAAGACUCGCCCGGUAGACCUGAUCACGCGUGUGAAAACCGUAACCGUGACUUGCCACGAGAACUACAUGGAGAUUGCGAUUAAGGCGGAUCUAUUUGAUCUUGGUUUACCGGUGGAUGCAUCAGAGUUGCGGCUUGGAGCCGACAGUCAGUCUAUUCCUGCAUGUAAAGUGACGGCGUCCUCUUCAAACCUGUUCAUCAUUGCAUCGGAACUCACUGACUGCGGCACUCAACACUGGAUCACAGAUGAAUCUCUUAUUUACACAAACCUUCUCAUCUUCUCUCCGCAACCCUCUCCUGAUGGGGUGAUUCGACUGGAGAAUGCAGUAGUUCCUAUUGAAUGCCAUUACAGCAGGAGAUUUGACCUAACCAACAAGCCCAUCAGUCCAACAUGGAUUCCUUACAGUUCAACACAAUCAGUUGUGGAGGACCUGCAAUUUUCACUGAAGUUAAUGACUAGCGAUUGGAGCUCUGAACGGGCCUCUGGUGUGUACUUCCUGGGUGAUAUUAUAAACAUGGAAGCCUCAUUUCGUCUAGAUCAUCACGGCAACCUCCGUAUUUUUAUCGAGAGCUGUGUUGCCACGGUGACUCUUGACCUUAACUCUGUCCCCAGAUACACAUUUAUUGAAAAUCAUGGGUGUUUGAUGGACGGACAGCUAACAGGCUCAAAAUCACGUUUCCUUGCCCGAAUCCAUAAUGACAAACUUAAACUCCAGCUGGAUGCCUUCAGGUUCCACCAAGAGAAGAGGCCUGAGAUAUACAUCACAUGUACUCUUCAAGCUUACCCUGUAAUGGAUGAAGUUAACCCUGUUCAUAAAGCAUGCUCCUUCAUCGAUGGAAGCUGGAGGUCUGCAGAUGGAGAAGAUUGGACUUGUUACAGCUGCCAAAAACAGAAGGAUUACGCUCCGUCCUUCCAUCUCAAGCAGGAACGGUCUUCUCCCGCUUCCCUAACAGACCAGACCUCACAUACCCACAAGCCCAACAAAUUACAACCCAGAAUUCAAGACAGUCCUGGAAGUUCCUUAAAUGUCUUUCAAACGCCAAGUGAGCCUUUCCGUCCUUCCUGGAGGCGCAUAAUUGUCCCUCAGGAGGAGGAGAUUGGAUCAGUGGGCUGGGAACAGGAGAAAACUGUGGGUCCACUGGUCAUCUUACCAAAGAAAACUGAAAUGGGAAUUUUGGCUCCCCCCAGAGUGAAGGAGGGUGUUCCACCUUCUCUCAGUGAAGGCAAGAGCCCAAUUCCUCAUAGCAGCCUAUGGAAAAAUGGUGCCACUGCAGGAAUGGACAUGGAAGGUGAUGUAACUCACCCCUCAUUGGAACCCACUGAACAAUCCAAUAUCAAUAUCGCAAGUGAACCAAAACCCAAACAGCUGGAAGAUGAUAAUAAUGAUGAUGAUGAGUUUGAGGAAGAUGAAGAUAAUAACAGUGAUGAUUAUGAUGAAUAUGCAGAAGAAGAGGAAAAAGGAAAGGCAAGAGAAGCUACCUACAUGUGGGUUGCUGAGGUCUUGCCAGGAAAUGAUCUGGAGAAGCUAUUUACAACAAAGUCCUCUUCAGUUGAAGACUAUGUAGUGACUGCCCUGAACACAAGCCCUUCCCUUCUAGAUGAGGUGGAGCUAACUGCCACAGAUAACCCUCUUAAGGACUUCUUGGUGUCAAAUCUACGGAAGGCUAUGGAUGCUGACAAAGAUGAAACGGAUCCAACAGGGGUGGAGGAAAGCUUCAUCCUUAAAACAAACAUAACAGAAGUUUCACAAUUUGAACUGAUAUAGUUUCAGAAAUAAACAUUCCAGGAUUUCAUUGUUUUUGAGUUAUUACAGCUCAUAGGUUUAGUUGAUGUAUAUGGAAAGACAGAGGAUCUGUUCUGCACUCAUUUUUGAUGGAAUGCUCCCUUUUAUGAAGCCACAUUUUAUUUUUGGCAUGAUAUUCUUGUAAAUGGAAUCCCAGAUCAAAUUAGUAGAUACAAAUAGUUGUGAUGUGCACUCUCCAUUGGAGGAAACUAAGUGUCUGAAGAAACGGCAAUGUUUGUGACGUCCUCCACCAAAUUUUGGCUCAUGCUAAGUUUAAGAGAAAUGGGAGUUUGCAGUCUUUCAAAUGGUUUAAAUACUAAUUUGCAGCAAAAUAAGGUUGCUACAACUGACACUUAAUAUAGUUUUGCUACUAGUGUCUAUAAUUUGGGCUCUGAAAGUUCCUGUUCAUUGCACAUAUUGCUUCGGUUAUUCCAAUCAAACCGAAAUCUGCCCUUUUUUUUUCUAAUCUGCCACCCGGAUUGAGGUGAGUAA